CCCCGCGCCCGGCGCUCGCUGUCGGCCGGCCGGCCUCUCGGGCGCGGUGACCGGGCUGCGGGGGCCGCGGGGCGACGAGGGGCGGCGGGGGGCGGCAGCGGGCGGCGCGAUGCGGCCCGUGGACGCGGACGAGGAGCGGGAGCCCGAGCAGGACUGGGAGAGGUGCCUCAGCCCCGCACUGCACGCUGUCCGCCGGGACGUCACCGCCCUCGAGCGCGAGCACGUGCGCGCGCACCUGAGAGCCCGCCGGAAGCUGCUGGAGAUCGAGAGCCUGCUGGACGAAAUCAAGAGCGAGGUGGAGGCCUCGGAGGAGAGCGCCCUGGACCCCGCCCGCAGCCCGGGCGCCGAGGCGGAGGAGCGGGUGAUGAAGCUGUGUGAGAAGGUGGAGAAAAAGGCGGUGGAGGCCGCGCUGAUGGGGAAGCGGAUCGUGGAGCUCCACCAGCUGAUAGACAGCUACGAGUGUUACUGAAGGAUGCGGGGACAGGUUAUCCGCUGACGGGCUCUGCGCGGCUGGUAAGGAGGACUGACCGCUUGGAGAGGCUGAAACCACGAGUCUGUCUCUCUCUCCUGUUUUUCUGUCCGCGUUUUCAUCAUAGUAAACGCGCCAUCUCCAGUACCAUUCUGGCAGAUGAAUUCAGUAUUAUAUUGUCAUAUGUGGAUUAUGAUUGUUAGGUGUAUUCAGCUUGGAAAAGACAGUUUAGAUGCAUUUUACUUUUUAUUAAAUGCUCUUACAUAAACAAAGAGAAGGAAAAAACAGGACCUAGAUGUAAGCUGCUGUGUGGUCAUAUUUGUUACUGUGGCUCUUGUAUUUUUAAAGUUUGCAAGUAUACCUUGUGCUUUGCUAUUUUUUUAUGCUUCCUGGAAUUUGGGCCCCCCGAGGUCAGAGUUCUGCAAGAGACAAGACGCACCUUGGCUGCAGCUGCUGAAGCAAGAACCCAUCCCGCAGGGGAGGGUGUGGAGGCCUCUUUGGAUCCGACUGGGACGGCCCAGAGGACAGUCCGGCGCGGAGGAUGGUGGUGAAUGAAUUUAGGGACAGUGCACUCUGUCAGAUCAGAGGAAAAAAGCUGUGGUUAUUUUUUUUUUCUUUUUUUCAGAAAUGUAAUUUUUCUGUGUCAUGUUAAUUGGUGCACAUCAUGUAACCUGUCUGGUGAGUAACCUAGGAUAGGGGAUGUAUUCUAGUUACUACAUGUACUUGCUGACUUUUAUAUAAUAGUCACGUGUUUUAGGGGCUUCUCUGC